AUGACGCUGAGGUUUAAACACUGCAGGGUGCUGGGCACAUGCCUCUGGCGACUCCAGUCUCUCAGCAGCCUGUGCUGCUUCACUUGUUUGUACCAGCCAGGUUCGGUGUCUGUACCUGUGGAGCGAUGCUUCCGUAAGCACUGGUUCAGGGCCAAGGCUUUCCGUGGAAAAAAGGUCCAUGGAGAAUAUGACAUAAAGGUUGAACAGGCAGAAUUUUCAGAAAUCAACUUGAUAGCCCAUGCUGAUGGCAAUUAUGCAGUAGAUAUCCAAGUAUUUCGAAAUGGCACUAAGGUUGUCAGGUCCUUCAAGCCUGAUUUUGUCCUGGUUCGACAACAUUCAUUCAGCAUGGCAGAAAACGAAGAUUUCCGUAACUUGAUCAUUGGAAUGCAGUUUGCAGGCAUCCCCAGUGUUAACUCCCUGGAGUCCAUCUACAACUUCUGUGACAAACCUUGGGUGUUUGCUCAGCUGGUGUCUGUCUACAAAACUUUGGGUCCAGAGAAGUUCCCUUUAAUUGAGCAAACAUUCUAUCCAAAUCACAAGGAAAUGCUAACAAUGCCAACCUUUCCUGUGGUGGUGAAGAUUGGACAUGCUCACUCAGGCAUGGGAAAGAUCAAGGUGGACAACCACUACGAUUUUCAGGACAUAGCCAGCGUGGUUGCCCUCACUCAGACCUACGCCACCACUGAGCCCUUCAUAGACUCCAAAUAUGACAUCAGGAUCCAAAAGAUAGGCAGUAACUACAAAGCAUACAUGAGAACUUCCAUAUCUGGGAACUGGAAGACAAACACAGGCUCUGCCAUGUUGGAACAAAUUGCUAUGUCAGAUAAGUACAAGCUUUGGGUUGACACCUGUUCUGAAAUAUUUGGUGGUCUGGACAUCUGUGCUGUUAAAGCUGUACAUGGCAAGGAUGGAAAAGAUUAUAUUUUUGAGGUGAUGGACUGUGCGAUGCCCCUGAUCGGUGAGCAUCAGACCGAAGACAGGCAACAUAUCACUGAGCUGGUCAUAAGCAAAAUGAACCAAAUGUUGUCCAAAACUCCCAUACCAUCUCCUCAGAGACCCACUGCCACUCAGCAGCCUCAGAGUGGAUCACUAAAGGAGCCAGAGCCAAACAAACUCCCACCUCAGCGACCACCACCUCAAGGGGGCCCAGUGCAACCCCAAGGAAUGCAAUCCCAAAGCCAGGAGCCAUUGCAGCCACAGCGCAUGUACCCCCCUGGGCAGGCAGCAAAGCCCUCAGCUUCCCAGCCACAGCGCCCGCCUGGACCCACCACCCAGCAGCCACGGCCCCAGGCCCAAGGUCCUCCCAGCACCAGAUUAUCAAAGGAAGCAGAGCCACAGCCAGCUCCAAAACCACUCCAAAGCCAGCUCCACAGCCAGCUCCACAGCCAGCUCCACAGCCAGCUCCGCCGCCUGCUCCGCAGCAGAAGCCUCAGUCUCAUCCACAACUCAACAAGUCGCAGUCCCUGACAAAUGCCUUCAGUUUCACAGAGUCCUCCUUCUUCCGGUCGUCUGUGAACGAAGAUGAAGCAAAAGCUGAAACCAUCAGAAACUUGAGGAAAUCCUUUGCUAGUCUGUUUUCUGAUUAGCCAGCUCCAUCAACGUGCACAUCAAUCAGCAUAUAGUCUGAACACUUGGUGAAUGUUACCUAGGUUUUGUUCUCCCUGUGACAGUACCUUCUCUCCUGUGCUAACUGUUGUACUGAGCAAUAUGUUAA